AGCUUCCAAAAAACUAGGUCAGUUGAAUGUAACUUACCAUUCACUGAACUAUAUAAGCCAGGGAAGGGAAGACCAAAAUCAUCAGUUGUUUGUCAAAUCAACCUAGUACAACAUGAAGCUCAUCCUCGUUGCCACUUUCUUGGCUGUUGCUGCCGCUGCUCCGUCCAGCUACAACCCGGAAUACAAAGCUCCCAGCUACCCUGAACCAAGCUAUCCUACCCCUAGCUACCCUGCUCCUAGCUACUCCACCCCAGCCUACCCCGCACCAGCCUACCCCGCACCAGCAUACCCCGCACCAGCCUACCCCGCACCAGCCUACAACAAGGAUAACAAAUACGUUGAUAUUACCAUCACCAGCCAAUCUGAUGAGCGCAAUCUCGAUGGCAGCAGCCAGUGGAGCUACGCCCAGUCUGACUACACCACCCGUGAAGAGUCUCAGGUCCAGAAGAAGAUGCAAGGAGUCACUUACGACUCUUACGGUAAAGAAUCGUACGGUGAAGUCCUAGGCAACACCAACAAGGGAUCGUCUUACUGGGUUUCUCCUGAAGGCGAGAAAUUCACUUUGACCUGGGCCGCUGAUGAAGCCGGUUUCCAGCCCAAAGGGGACCAUUUGCCCGUCGCUCCCGUCCACGAAUACGAACUCCCAGUCGCUCCCGUCCACAUCCCCUUCAACGGAAAGGGAUACAAGAUUUACUAGAUUUCCGACACAAGAUUAAUGUUUAAAACUUGUCCCAUAAUUUAUACCUCGAUAUCGUGUAGGUGGUGUAAAUAUAAAUGCAAUCAACGUAA